AUGGCAUCAAAGUUUCUCCGAGAAUACAAGUUGGUGGUAGUCGGCGGCGGUGGAGUCGGAAAGUCGUGUUUGACUAUCCAGCUGAUCCAGAGCCACUUCGUAGACGAGUACGACCCGACCAUCGAGGAUUCGUACCGCAAGCAGUGUGUCAUUGACGAUGAGGUCGCCCUGCUCGAUGUGCUCGAUACAGCGGGACAGGAGGAGUACUCGGCCAUGCGCGAGCAGUACAUGCGCACAGGAGAGGGCUUCCUGCUCGUCUACUCGAUAACCGACAGGCAGAGCUUCGAGGAGAUUAUGACGUUCCAGCAACAAAUCCUGAGAGUAAAGGACAAGGACUACUUCCCCAUGAUCGUCGUCGGCAACAAGUGCGAUCUCGACGGCGAGAGGCAAGUGUCGACACAAGAGGGCCAGACUCUGGCGCGGAACUUUGGCUGCAAAUUCAUCGAGACUUCGGCGAAAUCCCGCAUCAACGUUGACAACGCCUUCUACGACAUCGUCCGAGAAAUCCGCAGAUACAACAAGGAAAUGUCCUCGUACACAGGCGCCCCUGGCUCAAACGGCAACGGGCCCCAGAAGACGACAUUCGACACGGACGACCAGGCGGAGAAGAAGGGAUGCUGUGGAUGCGUGGUAAUGUAA